CUGCCUCCGGACACUUUCAUAAAACAUACUUGAAUUCUUAUCACAUGUUCGUUGAGGACUUUUGAGGAACGUCUGUAAUUACUGUAGAAUCAGCGGGAUGUCUGGAAGGCCACAUUUUAGCGAGUUGCUGGAUGUCGACCCAGGUGAAGCUUCUGAAGAGCUGACAGAGGUGGUGUGUCUGGAGUCAGAACUAAAGGACGGACAGAUGAUGGAGGUGGAGGUGGGACGUCACAAUGUUCUGUUGGUACGGAGUGAAGGCAUAUACAGCGCCAUCGGCAACCAGUGUACACACUACGGCGCUCCCUUGAGCAAAGGGGUUCUAUCAGGGCACAGGGUGCGAUGCCCGUGGCACGGGGCCUGCUUCAACAUCCAGACCGGAGACCUGGAAGAAUUCCCUGGCAUGGACUGUCUACCCUGUCACACGGUGAAAGUCGAAAACAACAAAGUGUAUGUGUCCGUAAACAAAAAGGCAGCGAGACAGACCAAACGAAUAAAGUGUAUGGGCUCCAGAGUAGAAGGUGUCAUCCACACCAUCCUACUGCUCGGGGGAGGGUCUGCGUCGUUGGUGUGUGCGGAAACUCUGAGACAGGAGAACUUUGGAGGCAGAAUCAUCAUGGUAACCAGGGACAACCUUCUGCCCUAUGACAAAACACGACUCAGCAAGGUAAUGAAUGUGGAGAAUGACAGCAUUUUGCUGAGGAGGAUGGAGUUCUUCCAUAAAUACGACAUCGAGGUGUGGCUCCGCAAAGAGGCCAUGUCAUUGGACACAGAGAAGAAGACAGUAACAUUUGAUGACGGUUCAGUCCAGAGCUACGACCAGCUCCUCAUAUCCACAGGCUGCAGAGCGAAGGGUCUGGAAUGUCCAGGUAAAGACCUGGAGAAUGUAAAGAUGCUGGAGACACCGGAGGAUGCAAGGCAGAUACAUGUUGCCUGUCUGGGCUGUCAUAUCGUCAUCGUGGGGACAUCCUUCGUUGGCAUGGAGGUGGCAUCCUAUAUGACAGACAAGGCCUCCAGCAUCACAGUGAUUGGCAGCAGUGAGCUACCCUACCAGAAGACCUUGGGCCCUGAGAUUGGCAAGGUCACCAUGAUGAUGCUUGCAGAGAAGGAGGUGGCGUUUUAUAUGAAUGACAAUGUGUCAGAGGUCCGCGGAGAGAACGGAAAGGUAAAAGAUGUUGUGCUGAAGAGUGGGACAGUCAUUCCUGCUGAUGUUUUAAUUGUUGGCAUCGGCGUGAUCCCGAACUCAGAGUUCCUGCAGGGUACUCCCAUAGCGAUGGACUCUAAGAGCUCAGUCAUAGUGGACAAGUGCAUGAGGACCAAUGUUCUCGAAGUGUUCUGUGGAGGAGACCUGGCUACCUUCCCCCUGACAAUGGCUAAAGACCAGAGAGUCAAUAUAGGACACUGGCAGAUGGCACAGGCACAAGGGAGAGUAGCAGCCCUGAACAUGCUGAAUAUACCCACUGAACUCAACUCUGUCCCUUACUACUGGACCGUCCUACUGGGGAAGACCAUCAGAUACACAGGCUAUGGGGAAGGAUACACUGACAUCGUGGUAAAAGGGAAAGUGGAGGAACAAAAGUUCCUGGCCUUUUAUAUCAAGGAUGAUGAGGUAAUAGCAGCAGCCAGUCUGAACUAUGACCCAGCUGUUUCUGCUGUGGCGGAGAGGUUCGCUGCAGGAAACACCAUCACUAAGAAAGAGGCUGAAUCAGAUGACCUGAGGUGGCUGAAGCUGGAACUGUCCUGAUCAUCCCUCCUUCCACUCAUCCGUCUCAACAUCACUUCAUCUCCGACACACAAACACAGAAUGUCCCCCCUCUGUCCAUCUCUCCCUCCCUCCCUCCUCCUCCUCAGGCAUCCCUCCUCAUCCCCUCUCUUCCCCCUCUUCUGGAGAGCAAGUCGUCUGGCUGGAGGCUCGACAGACACAGAAGAGACCUAUCAGAAGAGGACGACGUGACGUUGCUGAGUUAUAACCAGUAGUGUAGUGGAGGGUAAUCGCAUGUAAACGCCGUAUAUGCACUUUUUUUCAUUUUGUGAGAGCGUUUACUCGCCUUUUGCGGAAAAAUGCAUAGAAAGUGCACGGAGCGUUACUUUACUCACUGAUAACGGCGAUCAGCGUUCACCCACCUUCUUUUUUUUUUACCACGACAUCACUUGUUAUGACAUCAGACGUAUAGCAGGACGACACUCAACAGUUUGUCUGUUCUGUUCUUAGCCAGUUUGUUUAGAGGUGGGGGGAGACAGAAAAAACAGUGAUACCUCAGACGAACAGAUUUUGUGGGUUUCAUUUUUCAUUUACGAGGAUGAGUUUUAUAUGUUCUCCGUUUUGGGGAAACUACAUGGUCAUGAUGUCGCCAAUGCCCACCUGUUGAUGUAGACAUUUCUUACUUCACAUUCUGAAAAUGGAGAAGAGGAGAUGACAGAAAGGUAGCUGUGUGUGUUCUACUGUAGAUAUGGUUGUCAUGGUAGCUACCCACUGGACACACACUAGUUGAAUCAAUGCUGGUCAAAAUGAGAUGAAAGUAGUACUGGUUGAUGAUUUUUUCAAAUCCAAUGUAUUUUCCACGUUGAUUCCACGUCACAAUACGUUGACAAAAUACGUUGAAACAACGUUGAUUCAACCAGUGUGUGCUCAGUGGGUAAAGUUCUACUGUUGACACGAUAGCAACAUGAUGACAUGCCAGGUUGGAAGUCAUGGUAGCUAGUGUUCUACUGUCGAUACGGUGGUCACAUGACAGGUUGGUAGUCAUGGAAGCUGGUGUUGUAGUACUGUCAACAUGUCAACCAGUGGUGGUGGUAUAGUCUGAGUUUACGCUUACUUUGGGGUUCCAUGGAAAGGGUUGCUAGGUAGGCCAUUGCCGGGGUCACGGGCAGUGGAAAAACACAGGUGACCUUAAUGGCAGGUGUGGCCAUGUGGAUGGACCAAUCAGAACGCUGUUUGGGGGAUUAGAGGGACAGAGGGCCAGGGCCGAGGUCUUUGAGGCUGGGAUGCUGAAUUAGGCAACCUGAACAAAACAGGCUGCAGAGAGAAUAAUAGACAUGGACAAACACAACACAAAAAGAUUACAACAAAACGCUUUCAAAAGAACUGCUGUGCUUCUCUCUCACUUCUCUCUUUCUAUCUCUUACAUCUCACCCUCUCACCCCACUGGGCACACUAGGUCGUUUCAACGUUGAUAAUUGGGUAAUAUUUGGUUGAGAUGUUGAUCAAUGAGUUUACAACCUAUAUUUGUUAAAUUCCCAAUGUGUUAUCACUAUGCUUUCAACCAUCUAAAAGCACAACCUAAUUCCAAUGGAAAAACAAUGCCAGAUUUGUUGUUUAUUUACAAAACAGAUGAAUGAAUGUGUUAUCAUUGUUCUUCAUCUAAUAUCUGAACCACAUGACCCGGGCCUGGUUUCCCGAUAGCAGUGGAAUUUAGGCGUAUGAGUGUUUUAAUGAUGCAUUGUUCCAACAACGGCCCGGGGGAUGUAACAUGCGUUUCCCAAAAUACCACGCAGAGAGAGCGUUCGCUAAGUGCGUUGUUGAGGCAUAGGCCUACAGUCGAAACGAAUAGGAUCGAAAGAAAGUUAGCGCGGCUCUCGGAUCAGUUGUCUCCAUUCAAAUCUUACUUUAACAUUCACAUUUUUGAUGGGUCAGCUCCUAGAAAGAUAUUAUCACCUAUGACUGCAACUAUUAGCCUACCCCAGUGGUCGCCAACCGGUCAAUUCAAAUCAAAUCAAAUCAAAUUUAUUGGUAACAUACACAUGGUUAGCAGAUGGUAUUGCGAGUGUAGCGAAAUGCUUGUGCUUCUAGUUCUGACAGUGCAGCAAUAUCUAACAUGUAAUCUAACAAUUCCUCAACAACUACCUAAUACAUAAAAAUCUAAGUAAAGGAAGGAUUAAGACUAUAUAAAUAUAUGGAUGAACGAUGACAGAGCGGCAUAGGCAAGAUACAAUAGAUGGUAUAAAAUGCAGUAUAUACAUAUGAGAUGAGUAAUGUAAGAUAUGUAAACAUUAUUAAAGUGGCAUUAUUAAAGUGACUUGUGAUCCAUUUAUUAAAGUGGCCAAUGAUUUCAAGUCUGUAUGUAGGCAGCAGCUGCUCUGUGUUAGUGAUGGCUGUUUAACAGUCUGAUGGCCUUGAGAUAGAAGUUGUUUUUCAGUCUCUCUGUCCCAGCUUUGAUGCCCCUGUACUGACCUAGCCUUCUGGAUGGUAGCGGGGUGGACAGGCACUUGCUCGGGUGGUUGUUGUCCUUGAUGAUCUUUUUGGCCUUCCUGUGACAUCGGGUGCUAUAGGUGUCCUGGAGGGCAGGUAGUUUUUCCCCGGUAAUGUGUUGGGCAGACCGCACCACCCUCUGGAGAGCCCUGCGGUUGCAGGCAGUGCAGUUGCCGAACCAAGCAGUGAUACAGCCCAACAAGAUGCUCUUGAUUCUGCAUCUGUAAAAGUUUAUGAGGGUUUUAGGUGACAAGCCAAAUUUCUUCAGCCUCCUGAGGUUGAAGAGGCGCUGUUGCACCUUCUUCACCACACUGUCUGUGUGGGUGGACCAUUUCAGUUUGUCUAAUACUACAUAAGAAUAAAUGUAUAGUUACAGUAACCUCAAAACAUUUAAUGGAUAUGUAUCUAGUGCUUGGAUAGUUUCAUCUGACCACUG